CAGCCAGCCGAAUUAAGGUCAUCCCGUGGAGAAGAGAACGAGCAAGAGUUCGGUGGUGCCAAGGGUAAAGGUAGGCCUUUUUUAUUUAUCAGUUUGGUUUGUGGUUUCUCAUACGCAGCAUUCAUUAAUUAGUUAAAAUGACUCAGGAAGAGUUAAAGGCGUUAAUUAACAAAAGGGGUAUGGUAAAGGCGACAUUGACCAGAAUGAAACAUUUUGUUGACAAUUUUCAACCGGGUAAUAAUGUCUACCAGCUGAAAACGCGUUUACCGCAUAUUCAAAAGGCGUUCACAGAGUUCGAUGACAUUCAAAGGCAAAUAGAACUUUUAGACAAUAGGGUCGAUCAGUCUAAGGAACGCGAGGAAUUUGAAAAUAAGUAUUACGAUUUAGAAUCAGCAGUGCUAGAAAUUAUUGAUACAGAUGUACAAAAUUCGGCAAAUGAACGUAACACGAGUAGUCCCAGUUCAAGUAAACAGAAAGGUUCAGAGGUAAGAUUAAAUCCGGUACGGUUGCCCACAUUGGAUUUACCUGUAUUUUCGGGGUCGUAUUUAGAUUGGCAAGCAUUUUCGGACACAUUCAAGUCGUUGAUUCACGAUAAUGAGUUAUAUACAAAUAUCGAAAAAUUUCAUUAUUUAAGGUCAUGUUUAAAAGGAGGUGCCUAUAAAACAUUAGAGUCGGUAAAGAUUUCGUCAGACAAUUAUCCUAUCGCUUGGAAAACGUUAGAAAAAAGAUACGCGAAUACACGUUUAAUUGUGCAAGAGCAUGUGCUGGCUAUAAUAAAUUCGCCCAAUUUAAUAAAAAAUUCGGCAACGGCAAUGCGCAAAUUACUAGACGAUAUAACAGUUAAUACCGAAGCUUUAAAAAAUUUACAAAUAGAAGUUGAUAAGUGGGAUGCUUUAAUUGUACCGUUAAUUACUUUGAAAUUUGAUUUUAUUACGAAACGCGAUUGGGAAUCCACAUUGGACACAGAAGUAGCGACUUUAACAGAAUUAAUUUGUUUUUUGAGCAAGAAAGCGGCUCUAUUAGAAUCCUUAAAUGUAGGAGAAAAUUAUUCAGUUAAUAAUAAUAAAUUUCAACAUUCGGGUAAAUUUAAGCAUAAUUUACAAGUUUCAAAACAACCACGACCAUCCACUUCAUGUAAUACCACAGUCACAAACGAUAAGGUUUCAAUUCAAUGUUUUUUGUGUAAAGGAGCUCAUACAUUAUACCGUUGUAAUGAAUUUCUUAGUAUGUCAGUAGCCGAUCGAACGAGUACCAUCAAGAAAUUAAAAUUGUGUUUAAAUUGUUUUAAACGAAAUCAUUCAACGGAGCAGUGUAAAAGCGGUACGUGUAGGCAAUGUCAGGAAAAACACAAUUCAUUGUUACAUAGAGAAGGUGACAAUCAACAAAAUAAUUCGAGCACAGAUUCAGGUCAAACAAUUGUUUCCCAUGCAAGACAUAACGCAGAAAAUUCUACACAAGUGUUGCUGUCAACGGUACAAAUAUUCAUUAGAGACUGUUCAAAUAAUUGGGUCAUGUGUAGAGCGUUACUAGAUUCGGGAUCCCAAUCAAACUUUAUAACACAGCUAUUAUGCAAUAAAUUAGGUUUGUCAUCAGCUCAACUUCAUGGAGAAAUAAUAGGUAUCAAUGGUUCAAGGUUUGAUGCACAAAGGCUUACAAAAAUUCACAUUAAAUCAAGAUAUGACAACCAUGAUUUCAAGAUAAGUUGUUUUGUUUUAAGCAAUAUUACACAAAGUUUGCCGUCAAUAUCAUUUGAAAAGAACGACUUGCAGUUACCCUCUAAUUUAAAACUUGCGGACAAUGAAUUUAACAUCCGGUCACCGGUUGAUAUUUUAUUAGGGGCAGAGAUUUUCUGGAAGGCUAUUCGAAUGGGGCAGAUUAAGUUAGGUAAAAAUUCUUUGCAUUUACAAGAAAGUUGCUUUGGAUGGAUAGUGGGUGGUACAAUUAGCACAGGUAGUUUCAUGCAAAAUGGUCUGUGCAAUCUGUCUUUAAGUAACCUAGAUAAACAAGUUAGGGCUUUCUGGGAAACAGAACAAUGGCCAGGGGAAGAAGGUUCUCAGAAUAAUUAUCCAUCGCAGGAAGAUAAGGAUUGUGAAAACCACUUUCUAAAUACCCAUAAACGUGAUCCUUCCUCGGGUCGGUUUAUUGUACGCCUACCUUUUAAGUGUAAUCCGGUUACAAUGGGUAGGUCCGACGAAAUUGCUAGAAAACGGUUUACAACCCUUGAAAAUAAGUUGAAACGCAAUGAAUCACUCAGAAUUCCUUACAAGCAGUUUAUGGACGAAUACUCUGAAUUGAACCACAUGGAACUUAUACCGGGAUCCGAUAGUACCGAAACGUCUGUAUAUCUGCCACAUCAUGCAGUUGUUAAGGAAUCGAGCACGACGACAAAAUUACGGGUAGUAUUCGAUGCAAGCGCAAAAACCUCUAAAAGCACGAGUUUGAAUGAUUUUUUAUCGAUAGGUCCUAAACUUCAGGAUGAUCUUUGCGCCAUCAUUCUUAGAUUCCGUUCACAUCAAUACGUUAUCACGGGUGAUAUAAACAAAAUGUACCGGCAAAUUUUGGUCGCAGCGGAUGAUCGUAAAUAUCAGCGGAUAUUUUGGAGAGACGAUUGCACAAAACCUCUGGACACCUAUCAGUUAAAUACGGUAACUUAUGGUACUGCAUGUGCUCCAUUUUUAGCAGUCCGGUGUUUGAAAGAACUCGCAGAUGAAAAUAAGGUCGCUUAUCCUCACAUUUAUCCUGUUAUCAUACACGACAUGUACAUGGACGAUGUUUUGACAGGAGGCAAUACAAUAGCAGAUGUAUUAAAAUUGCGCGAGGACCUAAUAAAAGUACUAAGUCAGGGUCAAUUUGAGUUGAGAAAAUGGGCAGCAAAUAAUUUGUCACUGUUGACAUGCGAAAGGAAUCUGCCAGAUACGAGCGAGUUUGACAAUGGGGUAAUUAAUUUCGAUAAAAACGGGGAAUCAAAAACGUUAGGAUUAUACUGGAAUUGUCAGGAGGAUUAUUUAAAAUACGAAAUUAACGUAGAUAAUAAGGCAAGGGAAUCUUUUACAAAGCGUAAAAUUUUGUCUACGGUGUCUAAAAUAUUUGAUCCAUUAAAUCUGUUAGGUCCAGUCAUUGUUAAGGCUAAAUUGAUUAUACAAAGAUUAUGGGAAAUGAAACUUGGUUGGGAUGAAAGAAUACCCGCCGAAUUAGUAAAAAUAUGGUUACAAUUGUUAGAUGAAUUUACAAUUUUGAACAAUAUCCGAAUACCUCGAAAGGUGAUUAGUCACUAUCCGUACAGCCGUAUUGAAAUGCAUGGGUUUUGUGAUGCUUCGCAAAGAGCAUAUGGUGCAUGUGUCUACAUACGCACACACAGUGCAAAUGGUUCCGUCUCAUCCAAUUUAUUGUGCAGUAAAUCGCGUGUAGCACCACUUAAAACAAUUACCAUUCCCAGAUUAGAGUUAUGUGCAGCCCUAUUGUUAGCUAAGUUAGUAAAUAGCGUCAUUCAAAAUUUAAGAACAAGGGUGGACGAGAUAUUUUAUUGGACGGAUUCGAUGAUUGUAUUAGCAUGGUUGGCAACUUCACCAUCCGUAUUAAACACCUAUGUAGCUAAUAGGGUCAGCCAAAUUCAAACCUUAACUACCGUUGAAAAAUGGCACCACGUAAUCUCAAACGAAAAUCCCGCGGACAUAAUUUCACGAGGGGCGCUUCCCAGUGAACUAAUCAAUAAUCAAAAAUGGUUUAACGGGCCCGUCUGGCUCAGCAAAAGAGAGGAAAUUUGUCCAGAUAAAAUCGUCCAACCCACAGAAAUAUUGGAAGUAAAAAGAUCUUGUUUAGUGGGUGUUAGUCAUUCUGAAUUCAACUUUCUAGAGAGAUUUUCUUCAUUUUUCAAACUGCAACGCGUCAUCGCCAAUUGUUUUCGAUUCAUUCACAAUUGUCGAAAUAAGGGUAACAAGGUAGAAAAUGAAUUUUCAAGGAACGAAUACGCUAGGGCCACAACUGCUAUAAUAUCAAUGCUACAAAAAUUAGAAUUUUCAAACGAAUUAAUCAAACUUGGAAAUAAUUUGUCCGUUAGCAAAUCUAGUAAAUUAAGAACACUUAAUCCCUUCUUAGAUAAGGACGGCAUUAUAAGAGUAGGGGGACGUUUGCGUAACGCCAGUAUAGGUUACGAACAAAAACAUCCCAUUGUGUUGCCCAAGCAUCACGUGACAAAAUUAAUAAUUCAAGAAGAACACGUGGCCAAUUUACAUGCUGGGCCCACAGCAACACUGACAGCAAUUCGCCUAAAAUUUUGGCCCUUAGCAGGUAGAGCCCAAGUAAGGCAGGUAAUUCACAAUUGUUAUAAUUGCUUUCGUGUAAAACCAGUGAGCGUAAAUCCAAUCAUGGGCGACUUACCAGCGUCACGAAUGGUAAAGGAACGACCGUUCAAAAAUACUGGACUAGAUUAUGCCGGUCCGCUAUUCAUAAGAGACGGAAAAACGCGAAAUAGACGUACAGUAAAGGUAUAUAUUGCACUUUUUGUAUGCUUUUCCACUAAGGCAAUUCAUUUAGAGCUGGUCGGUGAUAUGACCACGGAGAGCUUUUUGAACGCGUUAAAAAGAUUUAUGGCGCGUCGAGGACUGGUAGACAACAUUUACUCUGAUAACGGUAGUAAUUUUGUAGGUGCAAUGAAAGAGUUAAAGGAAUUGUUUAAGGCAGAUAAGUUCAAAGAAAUUUUAACUGAGGUCAGCAGAAAAAACAUAAAUUGGCAUUUUAUACCAGUCAGAGCACCUCACUUUGGAGGCAAUGCAAUGCUGACAUAUGAGGAGCUGUAUACCCUGCUGGUAGGUAUAGAGGCUUGUCUAAACUCGCGGCCGUUAUGUCCAUUGACAGAAGAUCCGAACGAUGACGAAGUCCUGACGCCAGGACAUUUUUUAAUUGGCAGUUCAUUAACAGCUAUACCGGAACCUGAUAUGAGCGACUGGAAGACGGGACGCUUAUCCCGAUGGCAACAUGUUGAGCAAAUUCGUCAGCACUUUUGGCGUCGAUGGUCCCGGGAAUAUUUGGGUCAUUUACAACCAAGGGCGAAGUGGCAUCGAACUACCUCCCAAAUACAGCCGGGGAUGUUGGUCCUCCUGAGGGAUCCCAGUCCACCCCUAAAUUGGCGACGAGGACGAGUGGUAGAACUCCAUCCAGGCCCUGAUGGAUGCACCAGGGUCGUAUCAGUACGUGUCGGGGACCGCAUAAUGAAGAGAGCCGUCAGGACGUUGGGGGUACUACCGGUGGAUUGAACAAGCCGUUCAAUGCGGGCCGGGAUGUUCGGGCCAAUCGAGAAGCCCGCCGUGCAACCAGCGACGGAAGGGAGGGGGACACAACCACCCUCUUCCACUUCAAUUUGUAAAUAGUUUUUAGUUCUGUACGAGUUAGGCUAGGUAAAUAAACGAUAAAAGUACA